AUGGUUGGCAUGAAACCCAAAGAUGUGAUGCCCUCUGUGGCAGUUAAGUUCUUCGGAGCAGGCACGGCAGCCUGCAUUGCCGACCUUGUCACCUUUCCACUGGAUACCGCCAAAGUCAGACUGCAGCUUCAGGGAGAGUCUCAGAUAGCCGAAGGGGUUGGUGCACUGAAGUAUCGGGGCGUGUUUGGCACCAUCACCACCAUGGUGCGCACAGAGGGGGCCAGGAGUCUGUACAAUGGACUGGUGGCAGGCCUGCAGAGACAGAUGAGCUUCGCUUCUGUCCGUAUCGGCCUUUACGACUCCAUGAAGCAAUUCUACACCCGAGGCACCGAGAGUGCAGGGAUCGUUACUCGGCUCAUGGCGGGCUGCACCACCGGGGCAAUGGCUGUGGCUUUUGCACAGCCAACAGAUGUGGUAAAGGUGCGUUUUCAAGCCCAGGUCCGACUGGCUGACGGCGAGAGGAGAUACAACGGCACCAUAGAUGCCUACAAGACGAUUGCCCGAGAUGAGGGUGUACGUGGCCUGUGGAGAGGAUGCAUGCCAAACAUCACUCGUAACGCCAUCGUAAACUGCGCAGAGCUGGUGACCUACGACAUGAUCAAAGAACUCAUCCUGAAGUACAACCUAAUGACAGACAACCUGCCAUGCCACUUCACGGCUGCCUUCGGCGCAGGCUUCUGCACCACAGUUGUGGCUUCUCCUGUGGAUGUAGUUAAAACACGUUUCAUGAACUCAGGACAUGGCCAGUACAGCAGCGCUCUCAACUGUGCCUUCACAAUGCUAAGAAACGAAGGACCCACGGCUUUCUAUAAAGGGUUCAUGCCUUCUUUCCUGCGACUCGGCUCCUGGAACAUUGUGAUGUUUGUCACCUAUGAGCAAAUUAAAAAAGGCAUGAGCAGGGCACAGCAGUACUGGGAGUCUCCGUUCUGA